CCCCCCCCACCUCCCCGCACGGCCGGCCCCCGGCCGCCCGCCGCCCGCGAUGGGUGCGAUGCUGUGGCUGCACCUCUUCUUCUGCGGUUUGGCGAGAGUCGCGCUCGGUUUCACCCAGUCCUUUGACAGCGAUUUCACUUUCACUCUGCCGGCGGGGCAGAAGGAGUGUUUCUACCAAACUAUGAAGAAAGAUGCCACCUUGGAGAUUGAGUAUCAGGUGAUUGAUGGGGCAGGAUUAGAUGUGGAUUUCUACAUUUCCUCUCCAAAUGGAAACAUUCUGUAUUUUGAUAAGAGAAAAUCUGAUGGAGUGCACAGUAUCGAAACUGAGAAUGGAGACUACAUGUUUUGUUUCGACAACUCAUUUAGUUCUAUAUCAGAGAAGAUAGUGUUCUUUGAGCUUAUUCUAGACAACAUGGAACCUGAGGGUGACUCAGCCAAGUGGAAUGAUUUUCUACCAGGAGGGGAGAUGCUUGAUAUGAAACUGGAAGAUAUUCUAGAAACUAUAAAUAGUGUGAAAGGAAGACUUAGUAAAAGCAACCAGAUUCAGGGGCUGCUUCGAGCCUAUGAGGCACGUGAUCGAAACCUCCAAGAAGGCAAUUAUGAUCGGGUGAAUUUCUGGUCAAUGGUGAACCUGGCUGUGAUGCUCAUCGUGUCGUGUCUGCAGGUGUACAUGCUGAAAAAUUUAUUCAAUGACAAGAGAAGAAGCCGAACGUAGUGCCUGAAGAGUGAUUGUUGAUUCACGGGACAAGAUGGCGUCUGCAAGGGCACUGCAUCUAUUAAAAAUCGUGUAUGCAGGGAUUUCCUUUACUGUAGACUUUUAUAUGUUUAAAUAAAAAAACUAAUAUUCUAUAGGGCUGUAACUAAGCAAUGCAAUGGUCAAAAAAGAGAAACGUUGUAAUCUUUGGGAGAAUAAAUGGACACAUCAGAGCUUUAAUAAUAUUGGUGACGUAAACUAAGAGCUUAAUGCCUUAAAAUCACUGCCAAACAAGCUGGUGAUCUCUGCCAGCACACAAAUAAAAUAAUUACUGCUCCUCA